AUGUCAACAAUUCAAGGUCAGAGUAUGAUAGAGUCAACAGCGGGCUUGGACUGCCAUCAUUCGUUACAAGUACUAGCGAACUCCGGCCUGAGAAUGGGCGAUGCAGGUUUUUUCAAGGGCACAAGUGCCGAGCAAGAUGCACGCUUCGGUGACAAGCAGAAGAAGCUUCUGAAGACAAUGAAGUUUCCAAAAAUCUACGACCAAAAGGUAGACAUCAAGAAAGUCAAUACGAAUGUUAUCAAGCCCUGGGUGACCAGCAGAGUGGUGGAACUUAUGGGGUUCGAUGAUGAUGUUUUUGUUGAAUUUGUAUUCAAUUUGCUUGAAGCGGAGAAACUGGAUCCGCGAACGAUGCAAAUCGAGAUAUCCGGAUUUCUCGAGACAAAAGCACCUAUAUUCAUGGAAGAACUGUGGGGUCUGCUGGUCAGUGCCCAAAAUACUAUAGGAGGUAUUCCCCAAGCUUUCUUGGAUCAAAAGAAGGAGGAAAUAAUGGCAAGACGGCGUGAAAACGAACACAUAGCAGCACAACUACAGAAGCAGAAGGACAAGGAAGUAGCUGAGAGAGCGGAGCGCGAUGAAGCACGCAAAAAGGACAGAGAAGACCGAGGAGGGGCUGAUCGUUACCGGAAUGACCGUCAGCGUCGACGGUCACGAUCUCGCAGUGGUGAUCGAUACAGAAGCAGAGAUUAUGAUAACCGUUAUGAACAACGACGUGAUCGACCUGAUGAGAGAAGAUACAGAGAUGAAUAUCGUGGUGCACGUGACCGAUCAGAUGCGCAUGAUGGCCGACGGGACGAGAGAUAUGGGCGGGAACGUAAUACAGGACGGCGUGACCAAGAUAACGAUUACAGGAGUGAUGAGCGUCGAAGGGUGGUCGACGAUCGGGAUAUCAGAGAUAAGCGAGAGCGCACAGAAAGGUCAGAGAGAUAUACCACUGAUCGUGAAAGGAGAGAUGACUAUGAAGUAAGUAGGAGAACCGAGAGAGGUCGCGAUAGGAAAGAAGAACACAGCGAACAGAGCCACCGAAGACAAAGAGAGCCGCGGGAACGUUUGCCUGAAAACUCCGCGGGCAGCGGAACUGACUAUACUAGCGAUAGCGAUGCAUCCAGCUCGUCUGCAUCAUCACGAACUUCCACCUCACGUAGUCGGUCAUCGUCUAGGGAUAGUGGUUCCCCGCCACGCAAAUCUCAUAAACGAGAACGUGACGUGGCGGACGAGAGUCGACGACGCAAUGGUAGCACAAAGGUGGGAGAGCGGCGAAGGAAUGAUAAAGAUGAUGGAAGCAGAAAACGGCAUCGGGAGGAAGCAGUCCCCCUUUCUCAUUCCUGGAAGGACAGCCUGGACAAUAGCGAGUCAGGUAAAACUAAGAAGACUAGAUCAGAUGGAGAUAAGGAGUAAGUAGUGCUUGUACAUAAGGUUCUGGAUCAGGCUGCCAUGGGAGAGCCUGCCAGGUGAGGAGGGUGGUACAAAUAGACAGGUCCCCAUGUUCUGCGGAAAGUAAAUAUCGUAUUAUCACAGAACAUCACAUAAAAUGAGGAGAAUUCUAAGCGGCAUCCGCAAAGCCAAC